UGCAGCUCAAGCGCAGUUAACAGACACCAGCGCAGGAGUGGAGGCUGGAUUUGCACAGCUGGGAGUUAGCAAUCGAAAGAAAAUCUCCUUCGCUAUUUCAUUUUCCUGUCACUCAAGAUUAAAACCGAACACAGCGGAACACCGUUGUAAACAACAGAAGCCACAAAGAUAAUGAAUAGUUUACUCUUAGUAAGUUAAAAAAAAAAAAAAAAAAAGAGACCCGCAGUACAUAUUUCUACAUUUUUUUCCUUUGGUCUGUGUUUGCAUGUUCUUCCUCCUGCAAUGUCUGGAUCUCUGUGCAAAAGUUUAUAUGGAUUCUCUGGAGAACAGCAUCAGCAUGGGUUGAGGUUCGAGGCUGGGGAAGUUAUUAAAGUUUUGCAAGUGGCUGACGGCGGCUGGUGGGAAGGAGAAAGGGAUGGAGUCCGGGGAUGGUUCCCAGCAAGUUACGUCCAAAUCUUAGAGAAGCCGCUAUCAGUUAGCCCCCUGCCUGGAGAUGAGCCAGGAAACAGCCCUCUUCCUGAGGGAUGGCAAUGUUACAUGUCACCACAAGGGUGCCGGUACUACGUUAACACAUUCACCAAAGAAACUACCUGGGAACGACCAACCAACUCCCCUGGUACUCCAAAGAGCCCUCUGCCACAGAAGAAUUCCAUACCUGCAGUUAAUGGCUACCACACAUCGGGAAGUCCAUUACACCAGCCAGAUCAGCCUCACCCAUCACUGAGAAAACCAAGCAGUGAUCUACAGAGCCCAGGGUCGAUGUCACCCUCAAAAAAACAGAUCAAAGAAACCACUCUCACUGUAAAUUGUGUGACAUUUCCCCAUCCAAGCACCAUGCCUGAACAGGAGCUACUGAAACCUGGCGAGUGGAGCUAUUGCGACUACUUUUGGGAUGAUAAGAAGGAUCCCCAGGGUAACACCUCAGUGUCAGGGUUUGAGAUUCUUCUUCAGAAACAGCUAAAGGGCAAACAGAUGCAAAAAGAAAUUGCAGAAUUCAUCCGGGAAAGGAUAAAAAUUGAAGAGGAGUAUGCAAAGAGUCUUUCAAAGCUUUCUCAGAUUUCUUUAGCAGCACAGGAAGAAGGGUUCCAAUGGCUGUGCAGGACACCUGUGAAGAGAGCACUUGUGAGUGAGUGCAAGCCUGGCACGCUGGGAGAAGCUUGGGCUCAGCUGAAGAAAAGCUUGGCGGAUGAGGCGGAAGUUCAUCUUAAAUUCUCCUCGAAGCUGCAAAGUGAAGUGGAGAAACCUCUUCUUACAUUCCGAGACAACUUUAAAAAAGAUAUGAAAAAAUUCGACCACCAUAUCACUGACCUUCGAAAACAGCUAUCCAGUCGCUACGCUGCAGUAGAAAAGGCACGGAAAGCACUGACAGAAAGACAGAAAGACCUGGAGAUGAAAACCCAGCAGCUGGAGAUUAAACUGAGCAACAAAACAGAGGAAGACAUCAAGAAGGCCAGGAGGAAAUCCACGCAAGCAGGUGAUGAACUCAUGCGCUGUGUGGAUCUCUAUAACCAGGCCCAGUCCAAGUGGUUUGAAGAGAUGGUGACGACAACUUUGGAGCUGGAGAGAUUGGAGGUGGAACGGGUAGAGAUGAUACGGCAGCACCUUUGUCAGUACACACAGUUGAGACAUGAAACCGACAUGUUCAACCAAAGUACUGUGGAGACGGUGGAUCAGCUGCUUCAGAAGGUUGAACCUGCCAAGGAUCGGGAACUCUGGGUGAAAGAGCACAAGACUGGGGUCAUCCGGCCAGUGGACAUGGACAUAUAGAUGAGCUUCCCAGUUUUACUUAUUUUGGUCGGUUUAGUGAAAUCAGAUUUUAUAUAUAUAUAUAUAUAUAUAUAUAUAUAUAUAUAGCUUGAGCUGAUAUGGUAACAGACUGGUAUAGCAACUUGGCUUUUCAGAGGUAACCAAUACACAAGAGAUACUGUAACACUUUUUAGCUUAAUGAUCAUUAUAAAAACUGCAGCGGGACUUUGAGCUUUCAUAUUUUUACAAAAAGAAAAAACAUACCCUAUUACAGAACCGAAGCCAAAUGUAUACCACCUAACAGGAAUAGAUUAAACCAGUAACACUUACAUAGAUCAUAUACACAUUUAAACAAUAUAUGUGUUUUCACAGCUUGGUUUUACAUUUAUUAAUAUACUUGAAUGUGGCAGAUUAAAAUGCAAUAUAGAAUAUUAAUGUAAAUAUGCUUGUCUUUAUUCACUUCUUGUGAAUAUUUGUCUAUGGAGAUGAACUGCAGGAACCAAUACUGUUCAAAUGGAUAGCCUUUUAAAUUAAUUCAAGAGAUUACAGCUAAAUAAGCCUAGUGACUUCUUCUAAAAAUAAUGCGUUUUAGGUAUCCAAAUUACUUUGAGGUGCAAAUAUUGACACCUACUAUUAAUUUCAAUGAAAUUCUGCUGAGUUGCACACAAUAUACUCAAGUUUCUUAAUCCUCAACCCAGACUCUCCAGUUCAAAAUCCUAUCUGGAAUUACUGGAAAACUAGUAACAGGACAUCCAGACAACUACACGAUUCACUAAGUAUCUAAAACCACAGAGUGGCAAUGCUUAUAGUGAUUAAAUAUGUAAAUUUUUUUAGGUAAAUUGGUAAAAAAAAAAAAAUAUAUAUAUAUAUAUAUAUAUAUAUAUAUAUAUAUAUAUAUAUAUAUAUAUAUAUAUUCAUUUAGCUGGUUUCACAGAUCCUGAUUAGCACUAAUCUUGAACUACCUUACUAAAGUUAAAGUAAAGUAGUUACAGAGUAGUGCUUAUUUCCAUCCAUAACUAUAACAAAUCCAGUAGUGCUAAGAUAAGAAAUAUUAAAAGAAACUAAGUAAAUUCAAUAACAAACGUUUCGACUGGAAGUCUUUUUCAAUGACGGUUAGUUACCUGUAGGUAUAGUUAGGUUGCCAGUACUUUUGAAGUACAGGGAUUAGACACCUGCCAGAACAUUAUCAAUAGGGUAGAGUUAAAACAGCUAGGGAAGCACAGUUGUGUCAAGCAUGCUGGAUAUUUGAAUUGUUCUGAAAUGAUAAUUGACCAUUCAUGAAUGAUUUACUGUCUCAAUCAGGAUUCAGUCAGGAAAUGAUCAGCAUUGCAUAAAAUAAGCAUCUGUUCCUCUGAAUCUGUGCAUUACCCGUCCUCUAUCAAAGUCAGGAUGUGCCGACUUGCAACAGGGAGAUGCAGCUUUUAUAUGUAGAAAAAUAAAUAUCAGGGAUGUCAUUUGAAUAAAACAUGAAUCAGUCAACAGUGUGUGCUACAUAUGGCAUGUUUUUCCAUUUUGUUUGUACACUGGUACAACAGUUGAGAGCCCAGUUCAGUUAGUAAGCAUGAGGUUUGGGUGGGGUAAAACAGGCUACAAUACCCCAAGUAGUUCAGAAUGUAUUCAAUUAUCCCAAUACUUAUUGGUGGUGGGGUAUAUCCCAUUGGUCUAUGUACUUACUUUUUAAAACGUUUUUUUAAGUCUUGGCAGGGCAACUGCAUGUAUCCCCCAUAGACAAACAAAAAAUACUGUGUAGGGUGCUGUACAAUACAAACAGACAUACUAACCUGGAGUGGGCUUCUGGCCAGACUUUCUGUGGUAGGAAUCAACUUGUAUCUUACACAGCAUGCUACCAUAUAUAUAUGGCUGUGUCACCUACAUAUCAGGAUCUACUAUAUAUUCUAUACAUUAUACAUAUCUGGACAGCCCCAGGAAGGUGUUACAGUCUGUUUGCAUCAUACAGUAUAAUAACUAGUUCUUACACUAAUGCCAUUUUGAACUUCCACACUUAAGGGCAACAACUGCUAUAAUUGACUUUACCAGUCUGUAACAACUUGUUUGCACAAUGAUGAGUUACAGAGCAAAUUUGUAUUCGGUGCCUUUUGUGUAAAACAGAAAACAGGAAAGUUACCCAGUUUACCCGACUCCUUGUUUACUUUCACUUAUACUCCAUGUCUGUUCACUGUCAAGGUGGAAGAGCUUUUCCUUUGUAUGCUAAGCAUGUAUAUAAUUAUAAAAUACAAAAAAUCAAAAACCAGAAUGCUUUUGCAGUGACUGACUGCAGCAACAAUUCCUAAUGCUCGGUACAUUCCAAAGUGUUGGUGUUAAAAGUGAUUGCAGCUUACAAAAUAAUUCUGUAACAUUUCUUUUUUUACCUCGUGUGAGAACCAGAUGUUUUAAAAAGGAAAAUAUUUGUUUCAAAACUGGGCAUUUGAGACCCAACUAGUGAACGGAAGUGCACUAUAGGUAAGAAUGCUGAAUGUGUUUUGUUAGCUGCAACCCUUUUAAAUGGAACGAAUGGGUUAGGCACUUUAGGUUAGAGGACUUGUUUAUACUGUAUGGGUUAGAUAAAUGUAUAAACAGUCAACCUGCUCUUUGUAAGGAAUUCUGAUACACAUUGCUUCGUAUAAGCACCUUUGAAAUUGUAAGAACUCUGUGCCAUUUUAUGCAUUUGUAUUUCUAAAUUACAGUAUUUGUUGAUAACAAUUGUGCUACACAUUUCAGUCAUCAAGUUAUGUACAAGUACCAGAUCAACAGAUUACACUAUGAAGCAUUUCUGUAGCCUUUUUUUAAAACAAAUUUCGACAAUUGUAUUUACUGAAACGAGUGACAACCACCCAAUCAUUUUAAAAAGUCAUUUCAGGAUAUGUAAAUAUUUAUGCAGAGCUGCUGCAUUCUGGUACCUUCGCUGUUGGUCACUUGGUCUCACUGCAGCUAGGCCAUUGCCAUGAAUUUGAACUUUUUUAUUUGAAGUAUAACAAACAAGCAAGGCUAUUUAACACAAGAAGACAGGGGGAUUACAAUGGGGGUUGUGCAAAUAAGAAAACACUGUGGUUAACAGCACUCCUUUAAGCAAGAUACCCAAAUGAAUUACAUUAGUCCCUGUAGUGUCAUGCUUUAAAAGCAAGGUAAAAUAAAGAGCUAAUAGGCUUUGUAGCUCCCAAUGAUUCCAACAGCGGUAUUCCAAGACCAUUUCGUCAAUAGAAUUAUAAUAAUCCAAAGAAAAAGGGCUCAUAUCCCUUUGUACACAGACUCGUAUGAGCAUUUAAUAGCCAUUGCAGAAGUCUAAAGACAUUGAAUGAAAAAAAACCAUUACGACCAUCAUCACCAACCAUUCCUGUAGAUCAUGUACAUAGCUGAAAAGGAUUUUGUGAAUAUUGCCGUUGUCUUGAUGGUAUACUGUAUCUUGCUACCCUUUAUCGGAGUAGCAACUAUGUGGAAAAUGUGAGGUUUGGUAUUUCAAAGUACAGUCUUGAAAGAUUUGAUAUUUUAUAUAUACUGUAUAUAUAUAUAUAUACCGUAUAUUAUAUGUGACAUGGUUUUAAAUAAUAACUAUAUUUAAAAUGACGUAUUAAUCUCAAGCAUCAUGUUUCACCAGUUCAACUGAUAUUAAAUAAACAGGAUUUAUUUUUUAUUAUCUUAAUUAUUAGCAUUGUUUAUGUUUUAAUAUAUAGCUAUCAGCACAUACUUUUCUUUUCCAGGUCUUGCUUUUUAGUAAAAUCCAUUUAUGUAUUCUGUAAUUAAACAUAUCUUGUUUUUUUAAUACUGGAACAAUAUGUGCAGACCUAAUUGUAGAGUAUAUUUUCAUAUUUAUUAUACAGUCAAACAAUAGCUUUGAAUGCCAAUGAGAUUUUAUAUACAUCCCAGCCAUUUUCAGUAAUAUAAGAUAAGGUAACAAAGUAUUUCAAUGAAACGAGACAGUCUUUCAGACAGUCCAUACAUAAUACAAUGUGCUAUGCUGAAUUAUUCCAGCAGGUGGCAGAGUUGUUACAUAAAAACGGAUACUGCGCUCAGACUGCUUUACAUCUGCCUCAAGCCAAAUUCCAAUUUUUAAUAAUUUAUUAUAAAUCUCUUUAUUCCUUUUUUGUAUGGUGCUCAGUAAUUUCUCCUCCACGAUUCUGUUACAGUUUUGUGUAGUAAUAUUUAUAUACCCUUCCACUACUGGACAACAAUGAAAAUGAGUUCUAGCUAAUUUGGCUUUUUAUUCUUGGUAACUAAAUGAACCAAAGGCUAACACAAGUCAAGAGAUAUUUUUUUUGUAUCAUUUGUUUCACAAUGUAUCCCUCCUUUUGAUCAUAGUGCUGGGAUGAACAUUACUUACUGUGUUUGAAUAUUCUUUGAAAAUGUAAACAAAUAUUUAAAGAUGAUUUAAUCUCGAGAGUAAAAUAAACCCGGGUCCCCGUGAAAUUACAUGUUUUAUUUUGUAAUGUAUUUUAUUAUUUUUUUGAUACUGUCAUUAUUAAAUUCUUUUAUAUGACCAAAUAUGAACAUUUCUGCCACCAAAUACUUUUCAAGGAGUGUUUGUUUGGAUAUUAGAAUAUUUGUCCAGUACAAGUUAUUGACCUCUUAGGUGUAGAUUGAAGGACUGAAAGGCAGAUAUAUCCACCGCAUGUUAUCCUGACACAGAUGAGGUGAAAAAUACAGUAAGAGUUUUACUUAUCCAUAGAAUACUGAGGUUUGAAGUUUGGUUUUUACAGCUGCUGUCAGUGUGCAUUUCAUUAUGAUGAGUGAAUUCAGAUUACAGGUCAUUUGGGUGAGCGAGAGUCGACCAUUUUUUGAUAUUUUGAAUAGGGCCCUAAAAAUUUACUGACAUGCCUUUUCCAGUUGGUAUCCGGAGUUUGAUCUAUCGUUAGGAAAGCUUAAAUUCAUAUGCUAUAUAUAUUAAACAUUAUACAUGUAGUAAGAAUGCAGCUGGCAUCCAUUUUGUAUACAUUAUUUUUUGCUUUAUAUUACAUGUAGGUUAAAUCACAAUUAACAGGACCGAUUUGGAUGCCAAAAAUAAUGGGCAUCAAGAAGAUAAUAUAUUUUAUUUUAGCAGCUGUUAGCAACUGGGAAUUUCUAUAUAGUCAUUGUGUACCUGCUGAAGAAUAACGUUUACUGGUAGUUCUGAGCUCAGCAUCAAGGUUCAACUAACAAUGUAUUUUCCAAAAUACUUAUUUUUGUACAACGACUAACAAGCAAAAACCUUUCCUUACCUCUGCUUGGUUCUCCACUGAUGUAAAACUAACAGUUGUUUUCAGCUUUCUAUUCACAUUGAUUUUUUUACAUAGUUAGCCUAAGUAUUACUGUGUAAAUGUGUUCAGCCAGUAAGAAUUACUGUUUCAUAAAUUGUAUUAAUACCUAAAUAUUGUGUGUAAGUGUAAUAUGGUAAACUUGUUCUGUUAAAAGUAUGUAACUAAAUCGUUUUAAAAGAUUGUAAAUGUUGAUGAUAUAUACUGUAGAUGCUAUACAAUGAAUGUUUGGCAUUAAUAUAAAAUAUGUUGAUUAAAUCAUG